ACCUACUUCCAAGAAACAAGUCCAAAACCAAAAUCCCCCUACACCCUUUAUAUACCUCUCUUCACAUCGCCAACUCUGCUCAUCCAUCUCAAGCUAUCCCAGUUCCAUAAUCGAAAUAUCUUCCACAUCCAUAUUGAGCAGAAGCAAAACCAUGAGGACUACUGCAAGCAAAGCAAAGAAGCAGCAGAAUUUGUUGAUGCGCUUUAUUUCUUUACCCUUUCGGACUUUAGCCAAGGCCAGGAACUUCUACAUGAGGGGUUUGGAAGAUUGCGCCAGUAAGGUGGGUGGCGGCGGCGGUGUUGGCGGUUACGCUGCUUCGCAAGUUCACUUGCCGAGGAGCUUUAGUGUCAACUCUUCGGGUUCAAACGACGACGAGGAUGUGAGGCAGCUUAUCAGAACUGCGUCGUCAAAGAAGAACAAUGCAGGGAAAGAGAACAAGGACCACAAUAUCAGGACUGCAGCUAGUUCAGAUGUGAAUAGAAGUAGUGUUAGACCAAUUGUUGGUGUUAGACAAGCUGCGAAUGGUACUAACAAUGGGAGAGGGAUGAGGAGCUAUAGUGUUGGGUUGAAGAUGAUGAGGAUUGAUGAGGAAAGGGCUUCUACUUUUGAGGAAGAUGAAGUCGAUGUCAAGGCAGAUGUGUAUACAAGGAGCAGAAGCUAUGCUGUUAAUAAAAGAAAUGCUGGGUUUGCAUAGGAAUUACUGAAGGUUAAAUGUCGAUCUGGAUUUGAUUAAUCGGAUGUAAUUACAAUUCUCUCUUAUCCACUCCGUUUGUUUAUUUGUUAAAUCAUUUUUCUGGGCCAAUCCAACUCUGUAAUUUGAGACUGCAUGCAUUAGUGUAUAUAACUUUCUUUCAUUUGUCGUUGAAUUAGUCUGAAGUUCUUUUUGAAUUGAUUUGCCAACAUAAAUUGACGAGCCCAUCCUAUUAUGUUG